AAUUCGCCCCCGAAGACAAAACACUACUCCAGAAAUCGACAUCCUCUAAGGUUCUUGGGACAGAAGGCCGGUUUGGCAUCGAAUACAGUCGUUCGUCGUCUUGCUUCCAUUCACCCUUCUGGGUUGAGUCGCCUGCUUCGACCGUCCUCUACAUCGUUGACAGCACUUCCUCGGGCCAGAAACCUACAUUCCUCUCCCGCUAUCUCUGCCGCCGCUCUUGUCUUGACCCCACACAAGAUGCCCGCACCAGCACCACCCUCAUCCUCCUUCUACAAACGCUCCCUUCCCGCCUCCUGCAUCCCCUUUGACUCACCCGACGGGAAAAAGUUCUUCGCCAAAGCCCUCGUCGAGGGCACCAUGGAAUCUUACUUCCCCCUUGCCCAACAAUUCCUCACCCAAAACGAACCAGCAUACUGCGGCAUCGGAACCCUCUGCAUGAUCCUAAACGCCCUCAACGUCGACCCCGGCCGACAAUGGAAAGGACCCUGGCGGUGGUACGAACAAGAGAUGUUGGAUUGUUGUCGGCCGCUGGCCGAUAUCAAGGAGAGUGGGAUUACGCUUGCUGAGUUUGCGUGUUUGGCGAAGUGUAAUUCGUUGCAUGAGAGGACGCAUUAUGCUACUUCGACGAGUUUGGAGCAGUUUAGGAGGGAUAUUGAGUUGGCGUCGACGACGCCAUCGGUGCAUAUGGCUAUCUCGUAUUCGAGGAAGGCACUCUCACAAACUGGCACGGGCCAUUUCUCGCCAAUAGGUGGUUACUCCCGGAAAGAUGACAUGGUCCUCGUACUGGACGUCGCACGGUUCAAGUACCCAUGUUACUGGGUGUCAGUGGAGCUGCUAUGGAAGGCGCUUGCUGAGGUUGACCCGGUCAGUGGUGUCAGUAGGGGAUACUCUAUCCUCUCACCUAACUCGCUGAAGGAGGCUUCGAGCGGAGCGCUGGUGACCCUGAACUUCAACAAGAGUACCUGGUCACGGUUUGUGCGACACAUGCCAAAGACCUCAGACGUACACGAUCUGCUGUAUUACGUCAAAUCAUCCGGUGUCAUCCCCGUUAGUGAACGAGCCGUGCAACAAGGCCAGGACGCAAUCGCCUACGCAGAGGAAUGGAGACGCCUACGGACCGUAUGCAAGAAAUCACCAGUAUACGAAACAAUCCAAGAAUCAGGAGACGACCAAUCAACAGCUCUGACGACCCUAUUCAUCCGAGCCCUCCAAAGAUACCGCGGAGAACCCGCCCUCAUCCAAGAAAAAGGCAUGGAAAGCGUCGUGGACUUCCUUGUCAGCCAAAUGAGGAACCUAGAAAAAUGCUGUAAAGACGAAGAAGCAGAAGGAGGGUGUGAAUGUAUCAUCACUGGCUUCCAGAAAUGCCAUUGAUCCGUAGAAUAUUUGGAAUUAGAUUAUAGAUUAAUUCACGCGUGCCUGAACAAUUAAUGCCAUGC